UUUCCGCCCGCGCGACGGCGAGAGCGAGAGCGAGCAAGAAAUGGGGAUGCAGCCGCAGACAGAGCAAGGAUGGGGCAGGGGCAGCGCCGCCGCGGCGGCCAAGGAAAUGGAGGAGGAGCCGCACAUUGAGCGGCUUCCCGCCGACCUCCUCGCGCACGUGCUCUCGCUCCUCUCCUCCUUCCACGACCUCGCCAUGGCCGGGGGAGUGAGCCGACGGUGGCGCCAGGCCGUGGGACAGUCGCUGGCGUCGCGGCGGCGGCUGAGCUUCGCGGGGCAGCGCACGGGCGACGACUCCGCCGCCCGCCUCGUGCGCGCCGCCGUCAACCUCCGAGACCUCGACGUUUCGCGGGGCUGCUGGGGCUGCCACAUUACCGACGAUGGACUGCUGCAGAUCUCUACGGCGGAGUGCGUCGGCAAGCUGACGGCGAUCUCGCUGUGGGGAUUGGCCGGGAUCACUGACAAUGGCGUCGUUCGUCUGGUUUCAAGAGCCCAUUCUUUGCAGCACCUCAAUAUUGGUGGAACAUUUAUCACCGAUGAAUCGUUGCAUGCGGUUGCAAACAACUGCACAAAUCUGAAGAGCAUCAUGCUGUGGAGCUGCCGCCAUGUCACGGCGGCCGGCCUGGUGGCGCUGGUGAGCAAGUGCCCCGAUCUGGCGUGCAUCAACGUCGGCGGGAUGAGGGUGUCGCCGGAGAGCUUCGCUGGCCUGCUCUCCAUCAGCCCUGGUCUGAGGAUCAGGUCCGUCCCGGAGAUCGUGAAAGCCAGCGUGCAGGUUUCAUGAAGGAAAAGUGCUGCCGUAAUCCAGUGGUUCAUGGAACUGAAAAUGCAAAGAUUCAUGAGAGUGAUUUGUGGCGUUUUUUGUUCCUGGUGUAUUCAUUCUCUGUCUCUAUGUGACUUGUGUUACAGCGAAUAAAAUUUGGGGUUGCCGCCCAUAACCCACCUAUAUUUUCCCAGAAAAUCAUGCAUACAAAAACCCUAUCAGAGCAUGG